AUGGAUGCGACAGCCAAAGAAGCCCGAAGAAGGAAAAUCUUGGAACGGGGAUCCGACCGAUUAGCCAUGAUAACGGGUCGGGUCCACACUAUUCAACCUCCUCUGCCUUCAUCCCACGUCCACCCUUCCAGUGGCGUCCACCCUUCCAGUGGCGAUGCCGAUUCGUUGUCCCAGCCGUUAAUUGCAGACGAUCAAGCCAUUCGAUCUUUCGUCUCCCAUCCAAACACUACUGUUUCUCCGCAAGGGGAGGCAGAGGAGUCAGAUCCUAUUUUGCUAAAUGCUGAUCCUGUUACUGAUCCCUACCACUCCGGUGCCUACAACGGCAGCGACCAGAGACCGUUGCAUGAGUUUGAGCAUCAAAAUGGAAUUUCAAGCUUGCUUACUUCUGUAGUGGAACAAAUGCAACAGCUUCCAGGUUCAUCUGUGGUUACCUCAGAAGUUAAUCGAGUACAACCUCCGCUUGAUUCAUCUGUUUUUACUUCAGGAACUGAGCACCAGUCACGUUUCCAAUCUAGGGACCCUAAAUUGUUCACCCCUGGCGAAAUAAGUUCUGCCAUCACUGCAUCAAAGAUUACCCGCCUUUGUUGUUCUAUUGGUGUAGCCCUGCUAGUUGUAUUAUCUUAUCUAGGAUUUCCUCUGCUAGAUAGCAAAUAUGUAAAGAGUAUACCAAGCUGUAGGCCACUAUACAUGGUUUUGGUGGCAAAUGUAACAGUUGUGGUUGUGCAACUUUUUACUGUUAAACAAAGAAGGGCUGCAGGAAGACGAAAUGAAAUUUCUUCUGAUCGAGAUCACUGGGUUGAUCAUCUUAGUCGAUCAUUGGAAGCGGGUUUGGUGAUGCAGAACGUGAUGGAUGCUAUGUUUAUGGAUUGUGCUUCUUAUGCAAUCAUUGUCAUAUGCGGCCUCUCCCUUCUGCAGUUGUUUGGCAAGUAAUUCUUUCGCGUCUGCCUCAAGAUCUGCCCUUCGUUUCCAUUUACUUGUCCUUUCCGGUUAGUUCUGUAUUAUGUGGAUCGUUCAACAAACAAUACCAACGUGUAGAUAACUUGUAGUUUGGCAAGCGUUUGGAUAUUCAUAAUACGUCCUGUUAAUUGACUUGUUUUACAGUAGUAGAUGGGUAUUUUGUUGAAUAGAAA